AGCCCCGCCCUUCUUCCUACUCCCCUCAGGCCGCCAUGAUGGCGGCGGCGACCCCGCGGCUUCGGCCGCUGCUGCGGGCCCUGAGGGCUCAGAGGUUUCGGGGUCCCGUGUGGUGCUGUGGAGCCCCGGCCGUGAGGGGGGUGGCGAGCGACGCAGGGCAGGCACGGUUGGAGCCCGAAUCCUGCUGCUGCCCCUGGUGCUGCGGGGUCAGCGCGAGGCCGCCCGGCUCUCCCAGCACCUCCCGCAGCUCCAGCGCCUGUCCCAGCGCGUGGCCGAGGCCCGGCGGGGGACGGACCACAACAAGGCUGGGGGCGGAGACGGGCGUGUCCGCGCCGGGGGCGGGGGCUGUCCGUCAAAUCCUGAGGCUCCUCCCCCUUUUCUUCCUGCCCUUCAUCAUCCACUUCCCCACAGCCAUCUUCACCUAUUGGCUGACGUCCAACAGCUUCAGCCUCUUGCAGACGGGGCUGCUGCGAAUCCCCGCCCUCCGCGCCAAACUGGGCGUGGCCCCGCCCCCCGCCCCGCCUCCGGCCACGCCCACCGGCCCCGCCCCCAAGGGCAAGGGGGGGAUCCUGCAGCAGCUGAAGAAAGAGUGGCGCGAGGCCCAGGCCACGCACGAGGCCGAGCAGCGCCAGUGGCGCCUCAGGAACCACCUACACCUGGCAGCCAAAGGUCCUCUGCGCCAAACCUUCGCCCAAAACCCCCUGAGCCCCCCCAAAACGGCGCCCUCAGAGCCCCCAAAAAGGCCCUGGAAGGACACGCUGGGCUGAGGGGGGGGCAGGGGGAGACCCCAAAAAUAAAAAACGCGCGAACGCAGA